CGGCGCCCCUCUCUCCCCCCGCGUCCCGUGGAGCGAGAAGCCUCGCUGCUCCGCCAGUCGCGGACCUGUGCUCGCCGUGCUCGGCUGAUCCAACUCCUCGCGGGCUCCACCGCUGAACUUCUCCACACCACACAACACCUACCCACAUCCGCAGCCUGGAUUACGGCCCGGAUCUCGACUUGUCGGCGCAGCGGGCAUGACCAGGUAAAAGAGGUCAUGCUCAAGUGGAACAUGCGGCACUCCAGGACACUAGCAUUCCUCGGGUUGUUUUACCUGACAGCGGCGCAAGAGCCACCGGUGUUCAAGAAGGAUGGAGACAAGCUGACCAUCUACGAGGUCGCUGCAGGCGACACUGUGAGGCUGAGGUGCCCGGCGCACGGAGAGCCCAAGCCUUUCCUUGUGUGGUACCACGGAGAGGACCUCCUGUCAAGCCCAAGGGAAAACAUCAAACUCGCGAAGACAACAAUGGUCAUACACAACGUGCAACCCCAGGACGGAGGCCUCUACUUCUGUAAAGCGUACAACGAUUAUGGAGCGAUCUGGAAAAACUUCACGGUGCGAAUUGACGUCCCACCAAGAGACCAAGAGAGUGAUCUCAAGAAUUUCCUCCACGUCGACAAUAUGACGGAAAGUACUGAGCCCUCCGAUGAGGAGAGCUACCAAGUGCCAUCGAAAUUAGAGCCCCCGUCGUUUGUGAAGGUGAAUCCAAAACUGGUUGUCAACCCUGCUGGAAGCAAUUUGGUGUUGCCGUGCAUUGUCAAAGCAAAUCCUCCAGCCAACAUCACUUGGCUUAAGAACAACCAGCCUCCAACACGUCUCCUCAGAAAACAGAUUGUCUACAAAAAGUACAAACUGUAUAUGGAUGACGUCAUGGUGUCGGACGCCGGGAAUUAUACCUGCAUUGUAUUCAACUCCCAGGGAAACAUCAGUUACACCUACCUGGUAGAAGUCAAAGAACGAAUCCCCCAUCGACCGAUUUUUUACGACAAGUAUCUCCAGAAUCAGACAGUCUACAUUGGAGAACAGGCACGCUUUGAAUGCCGCUUCAUCAGUGAUCUUCAACCACACAUACGCUGGCUGAAACAUUAUGCAAUCAACGGUUCGUUUUUUCAUAAUGAUGAAGAGAGAAGCCCGCGUGUUAAGGUGGUGCAGAGCACGGACCCAAACGUUACUGAUCCCCAUAUCCUAGUGAUUGACAAUGUCACAACAGAGGACGAAGGCUGGUACACAUGCCUGGUUGGCAAUAGCGUAGGCAUCAGCAACAAGAGUGUCUAUUUGACUGUUGAGCCAUUGCCACAACCCGAGCAGACCAACACGGCCUGGAACAUUCUCAAGCACCCAUGGCUUCUUGUUCUUGCAAUUCUGCUAGGACUCAGCAUUGUUGGCGUACUUGCGGCCAUACUUGUGUGCCGUUCCAUGUUCCUAUCGAUGCAGCAAAAAAAGCUUGACCUCGCUCGGAAACAAAAUGUGGUCAUCAGGAAGAAAGUGAUCCUUGAGAGGCAGGUUUCUGACUCUGGGAACUAUGAGGACUCUUCCAUCGCACCUCUCGUAAAAAUUGACCACCAGAGAGGUUUGAUGUCCCCAGAGUUGAACACGGUCUGUGAAUACGAACUUCCACUGGACCCUGAAUGGGAGUUUCCCCGAGAAAGGGUCAUUUUGGGAAAGCCUUUGGGAGAAGGAGCGUUUGGUCAAGUGAUCAAAGCUGAGGCAUACGGACUCGGUGACAAAGAAGGACCAACAGUUGUUGCGGUCAAAAUGCUAAAAGAUGGGCACACAGACAGCGAAAUGGCUGACCUGGUAUCUGAAAUGGAAGUGAUGAAAACGAUUGGAAAACACAUUAAUAUUAUCAACCUUCUUGGCUGCUGCACACAAGAUGGACCCCUUCAUGUGAUUGUCGAGUACGCUGCCCAUGGGAACCUGCGCGACUUUUUGCGCUCCCAUCGUCCGAGCUCUGGUUACGAGCAAGCCAUUGGGGCUGACUUGAAACCAAAGACUUUGACGCACAAAGACCUUGUUUCAUUUGCCUAUCAGGUUGCACGCGGCAUGGAAUACCUGGCUUCCAAGAAGUGCAUCCACCGUGAUUUGGCUGCGAGGAACGUCCUCGUUGUCGAGAACAAGGUUCUCAAAAUUGCAGAUUUUGGUCUGGCACGUGACCUACACAACAUUGACUAUUACAAGAAGAAAUCCGAUGGACGUCUCCCCGUCAAAUGGAUGGCACCUGAGGCGCUUUUUGAUCGGGUGUACACUUCUCAAAGUGAUGUCUGGUCAUACGGCAUUCUGCUUUGGGAGACCAUGACACUUGGGGGUACACCGUAUCCUUCUGUCCCCAUUGAGAAGCUGUUCCAGCUGCUAAGAGAUGGUCACAGGAUGGAGAAGCCGCAGGGAUGUUCCCUGGACGUGUACAUGAUCAUGCGGGAAUGCUGGCACCAGUCUCCGUACCAGCGGCCGACUUUCACAGAGCUCGUGGAAGAUCUCGACCGAAUCCUCACAUCUGCUUCAGAUCAGGAGUACCUGGACCUCACAAUUCCUGUGCUGGACACCCCACCAAGCUCCUCUGAAAGUGAAUCGUCGCUUUCCUUCGUGACCCCACAAACGGCAGUGUAACGCCAUGUCGCCAAGUGCCAACACUCCCAAGCCUCACAGCUGUUCUCAGCGCCUGGACAGUGGAGCGCAGAUGCUUAUCCGAAGAGGCUUUUUCAGCUUGAAACGGACCUGCACAGGCUCACAAUCUGGAAUUCAGGAAAGAUCAGUGCAGUCCCACCCACAGCAUAUCAGCAGACUGUGGCAGUCAGCCCUUGCUUUGUUAAUGCGAAAACGCGCCUGAGGCCCUGUGUGGCUCUCCCCAGUUUACAAUUUCAAAUAAGAACUUUACAAGUUCAGUCGUCGGUUAGACAAAAACCAUGAGUAAGAGCUACAUUCAAGAUGGCUUUGUUAUUCUUCAGUAUUCAGUUUCAGCUUCUUGGAAAAAAGCAAAUAUCAAAGGUUGCUAUUGAAAGCCCGAAAUCCAGGCUUUAUGUUGUGUGUUGCUUGUUCAACCAGUUAUGUGAGAUAUUCAAGAAUGUACAGAAGAAAGAGAAAUUGACUCCAAUGACACUACGAUGACUGCAAGUGUGUGCAACGACACAAGAACCAGUGACCACAAACUUCCUUGGGGUGUGCCCCGAGUAUGCAGCAUGCAGUGGAAAGAGCAAUCUAAUGUGUAAAUGUGAAACGUCCAAGGAAUGAUUCAGUGGUGACACAUCUGGAGGUUUUUUCCACCAGGAUCUAAGAGUCUACUAAGCGGAAAAAAACUCCGUCUGCUAUAUUUGUGUGUACAUAAUGUGCAGUAGGUUACAAAUGAAAGAUUACCACCAGAGAGUGAAGUUAUUAAAUUCAAAAGCUAUGUUUUGUAAUUAUGACCUUGAAUACAAAUACUGAGGUCUAAGCAAAUAUUUUGUUUCAGCCUAAGUCCAGACGCAGGCGAUGCUACGAGCGCGAGAAUGAAGCCCAGAACGUUGCUUGCACUGCAGGAGCGUCUGUGCUUACCAGGGACACUGAAAGCCCGGAGCUCACUCUCGUAGCCUCUGCUACGCUCACACUUAAAGGGAAACGGGGUAUAGUGCUGAUACUAAGUGAAAAUUUUAUACAGGGGUGGCAUGCAAUUUCUUGUGAAAAUGAUAAAUACAGUAGUUUAUCAUUUGGGCCAUGUAAGCCUUCAACAAAAUUUAAAUGAUAGAUCACAAAUGAUUUUGAAAAAUAGAAUGACAGCUUCUCUUGCUUUAUUUACUUUAUAUCCGAGCUGAGCAGUACUGAUAUUCAUCAUUUCAAUGGAGAGCCAUUAAAACCCUAAAUAUUAAAUUCAGUAAUGUUCGGUGAACUCACUACAGUUAAAGGACUCGAGGGUCUCUUAAAAAACAAAAACCCAAAGUCUCAAGUUAUAAAUUGAGAUGCAGGACAGAAACUUUACUGCCAGAGCCCUUUAAGGGUAAAAGGCAGCAAAUAGAAUACAAAGUAUGCCACAAAGCGACUGAAAAAGCACGACGAUCUGUCACAUGUAAUGUGUGCAUCACCUUGGUGAACCUAACCUCUUGACAGGCACCUGAGUGAUAGAGAAACUCAGAAAAGUAAAAAGGAAGAUUCUCUUUUUGGCAAUUGAAUUGGGCAAAGGUGCAAGAAUUCAUAAUGGUUUCAAAUCUCAGGAGUACAUGGGAAUCUUCUUACAGCCUGCUGCACCAUUGUUAAGAACGAAUGCUGAGCCACUAUGCCAGCGGCAAGAAUUGUUAAGAGUGUACAAGUCUGUAAAAUCUGUAAAUAGCUUUGUAUAAGACGCACACUGGAUGUUAUUUAUUCUGUAAGUAUGUUCCUUUUCAGGGAUUCUCAUUGACAUAUGCAAAGGUAGAGCAAAUCUUGUGAUAUUGAUGUAAAACUGGACAAUAAGUGGGCAAUAUGCUCUUUGACAUUUCAGAAAAACAAAGAGAUUGCUUCCUUAACGCGUGAUACCAAGAAGUCGAUUUUUUUAAAUUCACGCAGUUAAGUUAAUUUCUGAUUACAAUUUCAGUUCGAUAAAUAAAAACAAACAAUAUGCUAUGUUUUAACUAACUUAUGACAAAAAUACUAGGCUCAUAUGCAACAGGAGUUGUCGCAGUAUUUUAAACUAGUGUAUAAAAUUAAACUUUAUUGGCAUUGUAAAUAUAUAUUUAUUGACUACUAUACAGGUGAAUGGACAGUAUUAAGAUACAGUAUAGACAAGAAAAAGAAGAAAACAAUGUGAAAAAUUAGUCAUUUGCUCCUAGCCUGCAUAUUAUCCAGUCGGUACAGCAAUCAAGGCUCGACAAAGUGAACACGAAGUGCACAUGUCAAUUCCAACCGUGGAAAUGAGACUCCCACUUGAACAAGUCUCUAUCUUCUCCUAUGCUUGUAAGCUGCACAGAAUGUGAAAAUAUUCCUUGGUUUAUGUAUGAAAUUUGUCAUUAGCCAAGACCUUUGCAUCAUAAGAAGUUCAUCUUUGUUCACAGAGUACAAACUAUAUUUUCAUGCUCAUUUUCUGUUGGCAUUUAUGUACAUACCCUUUGCUGUUCACCAUUCUUAUAAUUCCUGUAUCUAAAAUAAAUUACCACCAUACCUAA